AUGUUACUCCUUACUACAAUUUUGCUUUUUGGCUUUGCAUCAGCUCAGAAGGUUAUUCAGUUGAACUACUGCUCAAUAGAUGAGCACAACCUCAGGAUGGAUUGCAAAUAUGCAGUUCCCGCUGAGUCGCCAGAAGUGUUUUGCAAGUACACACAGGGCGAAAGACUCCUUGACACCACCAACCCAGACGAGGAGCAGCAUGUGCCCUUCAAGCACCGCGCCAAAGCACGCCUUUUUCCAGGCAACAUCUGUCGCCUGCUGUUUAAAAACCUGCCCAAUGGCAAAUCCAACUUCACCUGUAACAUCAAAGGAAGCCAGGCAGACUCCGUCACAGCGAUCAAAACCUCAGUGGUUGAGAAAAAGCUCCUCCUCCCCUGCACUGCUUGGAGUGUCCUGUUACAAAGCUGCAGUGGCCUGCUGUUGACCUUGAUGACACUUCCCAUGCUACUGGAAAUUCACUGGCUGUGA